CAACUCCUCCAGUUCGCACUACCAGCACAGUUCGCGCAUUGUUCAGCUCGCUCGUCUGACAGGUCGCCCAUGCAUACCACAACAUAGGUUGGCUUUGCGCAGACGCACACACGCUAGGCCAUGGCUCCAGGCUCUAUGAAAGAAGCUCUUAAGGCUCUCGACAAUGCCUUCGGCGCCCCGACCGUGCCGUCUCCUCUACCCGAUGAGCUCUGUGCGACUAUACAGAGCUUCCUCGACCGUUACGAUAAGAUCGACGAACACGACUCGCAACGCUUCCACGAAGACCUCCACGCACUGUACCAGCGGCAUGUCGCGGAAGACUCGGCUAAACACGGCGCUUUUCUCUCUGCAUUGCGACUUGUACGCCCGGCUCUGACGGGAGAGGCAAGACUGAUAGUUUGGUGGAAUCUGGUACUGAAACCUACGAUUGAUGGGAUAGGGCACAAGCGGCUUGAGAUCGAGGAUGCGAGAGAGAUUGUGCAGAGCAUAUUGGUGUACGACACUGAAGAGGAUGAGACUGGAGAACAGGCACGUCUGUCGAAGCUGUUCACCAAGAAGAUCCUGGAUGCAUACAUUUCAAGAACAGACGUAUCAGCGUCACCUGAGAAUGUUGUGUCCCCGGAGAACGAGUUCAUCGCGAAUGAACUUGAGAGCGUACUCAUCACGUUUGGAAGAAAAAUGCCCAAGCUACUUCUCUCUGCCCUUGAUGAGCUCUUCGUACAGAAGCAGUAUCGCAUGCAAGCAUUGGGUCUAAUGAGCGCGUUCGUGCGCCUGCAGCCUCCACAUCUUCACUUAGUCCUUGAGACCUCACUCUUGCAGCACUUGGAAAAGUGUCUCCUGAUCGACACCUCCACCAUCGUUAUCGAACUUGCCUUGGUGGUAUUGAUCAUGCUUCUACCGCAUAUCAGUGGCGCACUGACUUCUGACCACCACCUUCAGAAGCUGUUCCUGGUCUAUACCAGAGUCCUCUGCUUCGACAAGCUGAGCAAGUCUGAAAACCAAAACACAGAGAGGGAGGACAAUGAGAAGGAUUAUGAAGAUAGCGACGAGGAAGAUGAAGCGGACGUGGAGAGCGAACAAGCUUGGGAGCAGCUGCAGCCGGCGGAAGGUGAGGAAGGAGGCUCACCGACCCUGAUGCACUACUUCACCUUCUUGUACGGAUUGUUUCCCCUCAACUUCAUGAGUUUCAUCAGAAAGCCUAGGAAGUACCUGAAGUCGCUCAAUUUCCCGGGUGCGCGAGAUUUUGAUCUCGACCAGGAUCUCAUUUAUAGUCGAACCGAACCCUACCGGAAUGUUCAUCUAAUGCACCCGAACAUGUUCACGACGACUAUCGAAGAAGAAUUGAGCGAAAACAGAUGGUUGAAGAGCGAUCCGGCUGAUGUUGUCACCGAAUGUAUGGACCUUUGUGUGGCGGUAUCAGCAGCGUUGGAAGACCCUGGGCCACCUCCCACGACCGGGCUUCCGCCUGUACCACCUCUACCUGAAAUCCCAGCAGAGUUCGCCCUUGAUGAAUCUGGUAAUGACUCAAAUGUGAGCUGGAGGAACACGCAAUCUACGAUGUUUGUCGCUCCCGGAGACGCAGCAGAUGUACCGGAGACCGCCGAAUUGCCAUUGCGUUCAAAAUCGAUUGCUUCUGCAACAUCUUUCAAAUCAGCCUCACCCCUGCUGAAGACUCACGACGUAAUGGACUCACCAACGUUACCACCUGCAAAGGAAUCAUUGAAACAGAAUUUGCUGGGCGCGCCCUCGCUACGACGAGUAAAUCCACAGCCAAGCAUUGACAGCUUUGUGCGCUCCGCUGCCGGCACAAUUUCCCCUCCGCAUCCCCACAAUGACUUCCACGCUCAAACGAUGUCUUCCUUGCAGCGUGAAAUUAUGCUUCUCCGGAACGACCUAAACUUUGAACGUUACUUGAAGCUUCAGCACCUCUCCCACAUUGGGCAGCUACAGCGGAAGCACAUUCGAGAGGCAGCGGCAGAGGCCGAUACUCAAAACCUGAUCAACACAAACAAGACAUUGAAGGCCAGGCUCACAAAGGCGAAUGAGUUGUACGCUCAACUCAAGAAGGAGACCCUCACCAGUCGUAAUCAGUCGAAGAAGUGGGAAAGCGACCUGAAUGCAAAGGUUCGAGGGUACAGAGACAGCGAGAAGACAUGGCAUAGCGAAGAGGAGAGUUUGCGUUUUGACUUGCAGAGAACGCAGUCCGACUAUGAGCAUCUCCAAAAGGUCGUAGAGAAGGCCGAAGCCGAGCAGCUAAGGGCCGAACAACGCACGAGGGCCCUCGAGUACGAGCUCGAAGACUACAGCAACGUGCGCCAUGAGCUUGAGACUGCCCAACAGAAAGUCAUGGAGUACGAAGAUCAAGCUCAAGAUCUUCAUUCCCUCAUUCAAGAGCGAAAUGAUUUAAGCAACGAACUUGAGAUUGCGCAUAUGCGUCUGAACAGCCGAGACUCCGAACGAGAGCACUCCAUCGCAGCGUACGAACGGCGCAUAAUGACUUUAGAACAACGUUUGCAAUCGACCGAGAGGUCAGCAGGCCCGCCUGGACAAUUACCUGCUUCGGUACAACAGAUGCUUGACUCGGGUCUCGCAGCAAGUCAAGCCAAACUGCAGACCCUCAAGAAGACGUACCAGAAUCUUUCAGCACAGCAUACGGAGCUACAGAUGAAGUAUCAGGAUCUUGAGGCUGAACAUCAAGCAGCAUUGGGUCGUUUUGAAGUUCACGAGAGGACAGGGCACUUCGAGUACACACAGUCACAGUUGAGUCGUAACUCUAGCUUGCGCGAAGGAAGCCACUAUAGUUCACGGGGUCUGCCUCCCUUGUCGACUGGACCUUCCAUCGCCGAGGAGCGCGAGUAUUUCUCCGAUCUUCACUCUCCCAACUCCAUGGGUAGCCCCAGCUCGACCAUCUCACCAGCAGCACAACGACCAGUCCGUUUAGACUCUAUGCCUCGCAAUGGGAGCCAGCGAGCGCAGCGAUCACCUCCAGGCCCAUCAAUGUAUCCUGCCUUUGGUGGUGCUCUCCACCCAGACCUGUAUGAGCCACAGGCGCUAGCUAGAAGUGGCGCUGCGGUGCAGUCAAGUGCGAAGAGCAGCUUCUCUGUCGACACGGAUGGCAGUGGUGGCAAAGAUAAGGUCGAGCCGAAGUCAGAAGUCCGUGUGUACGGGCGUGGCGGCGCCCAAAACAUCGGCAAGAAAGUCAAGGAGAAAGAACAGAAGAAAGCUCCGUCAACGAAGACAGGCGGUUUCCGUGGUUUGAGGGGAAUCAUGUGAGGCACGAGCUACUUGCUUCUGCAGCCGCAAAUGCUGCAUGACGAGCGAGAAAAUCGCAGACCGUGCUCUGCAUUACUUUGAAACAUCGUAGCACCUUCUGCCAACAGCCACGAUACGCAUAUGAACAUCAUUGUCCCUGAUCAGCGACGAAAAAAGACGGCAGCGACUG